CUCGACGACUACAUCGAUCGUAGUGGACAAUGCUCAACAACCAACAAACCUAGAAUGAGCUUAGAUCCUCUGCUCCCUAUCGCUCCUGCGAGGGUGAAGGCCCUGCUACUGCCCAUCAGCCAGAUUACUUCCACCAGAUUCGACUCCUUUGUCUCCCGGCUAGAGAGCGAACAUGUCGUCCACCUCAGGGACAUCAGCGCCGAUGGGCGGCCGCAUCGAAACAUGUUUUCGCCGUUGGCCUACCCAGACGGCGCAAUGAUUUACGACCUCAUCACCCACGUACCGCCCCCUUCCCACCUUGCCCUCACGCCUUUCGAUCUAUACCGCGAGCCAAUGGCUGUUGUUGCGCUGGCUGAUGGGCGGGAGAUGGGGGAGGUAUCCUUCAGCAAGCGGAACUCUGCGAACGGCACCGGGACAACGGUCACGGAGAAGAAUAUUCGAUCUCUCUACCAAGACCUGGAGGAUCUGCGUGACCGAUUUCCGAAAGCGCUCGUCCACCAGGUCUUGAUAUUCGACUAUGUGUCCGAUGCCAGCAACACUGUACCUCUACCAGAGGGCGUAUUCGGUAUCCCUCCUGUCGAGAAGAGCAAGAGGACGACCAUCAAGACCGUCAUGUGCGACAUAUCUUCGCAAUUGUUGGCAGAGAUGACUACGCUGGCCAAGUCUUUUGAGGCUAUGACCACGAUCGAAUCGCCUGUUCAUUACUCGGGAACUGCGCAUGUGAACGGCGAUUGGUCAGCCGGGGAGGGCGAACAUCACGAAUUCGACAGAAGGAACUCUGGUACCCCCACGCUCCAAUCCAACGGUCGGACUGCAUCAGAGAGCGCGGCGGACCGAGCCCAUGCUCGCAUGUCCAUGCCGCCGGUGUCGACUCGACCAACGAUGAAUCACAGCUCUUCAAGCCCGGGUAUUGGCGGGUCUCCUAUUUCGCAAGCCGGGCACUCUGGGUGGCCUGGUACCCCAGACUUGGGGCGGGACGCACCCGGCACUCCCCAGACCCAUUCUCGCUCAGAAAGUACACAUAGCUCUCGCGACCAGUCCCGUGACCGAGUGUCCGUCCAGGGAUUCGGCCCUGGCGGCCUGAACGAUCGAUGGAGGCUGAAAGGCAAAGGCAGGUCCACAGUCAUCCUGGGUUCCAUGUACCUCCAAGCCGGUCGGUGGAACGACUCAUUAAGAGAACUGUCAGAAGCUGCUGUUGGAACAAGGUCGAUUAACGAUCACAUUUGGCUUGGAAAAGCACUGGAGUUGAUCGUUAUCAACCUUUUCCUUCUUGGCUGGUCUGGUUUAGAAUUUGCCAUACCAUCUGUGUGUAUGCCGCCUCCGGAAGAGCGCAACAGGCCAUUGUACACGGUAAUAGAGACGUUGACCGACUUGCCUGGCCAACCCAAACGGCUGAGGAUACUCCAGCUCAUUUUGGGGGAUCUCCUGGAUCGAAUUAUGAACUUGUACUCGAGGAAGCGGGCCGAUGUGGAAAGGCUCCCCAAGCUGGCAUAUUCGGAAACCACAAUACGAUUCUCGAAGAUCCUUACGAUUAUGCACUUAUGCAACGGAAGCUUGAACCAGCAGGCUCUCGAUAUGAUUGUUACUGGCAGGCUACCAGAAAAAGAACUGACGACAUCUCCCCGGAUCCACAUUGUACCAUCACGACAACACAUUGUAAAUAUCUUGAUGGAUGCUUUCCCGGCAUCACAUGCAUAUGCUGCAGAACUUCUCACCACAACCGACCGAGCCUCGAUCUUGAGUGCCAUAGCUACGAUAUUGGGGACGCUAGGUUUCCAUCGGAAGAAAGCAAUGGUAACUCGCGAGCUUGUCUCUGUUCUCAUAAGUGGUCUUGUGGAGGCGCGGACGAGGGGCGCAGCCGAGGCAGGUAUUCACCCAGCCGCAGGUUUAAUAUCGCAUACGGCGGCAGGAAAUCAGAAUAGCGGAACUGCACUGGACCUUGGUGAGGGGGAUAUCGAACAGGGCAUCGAAGCUUUCCUGGAUAUGCUCUGCAAAUCAUACGCCGUGAUCGGAUUCGAAAGGUCGCCCAGCAAUUCGGAAGAUUCGACCGAGACUGGUCCCGAUACAGACGAGGCCAUUAUUGCCAGGAUACAGAAGCAAGCUUCGACGAGGUUUUACGGCUUCGAGGGUAUCAAAAUGAACAUUCUACGCGCCUGCAUCAACUUCUCAGAGGCGUUGCCGGACCUUAAUGGAGUCCUAAGAUAUUCUGGCGAUUUGCUCCGUACCGCAGGCGCUGGCACAGCUCCUGGUCCUCGCAGGGAAGACAUAUCACCAAUGAUCUUUGCUGAGGAGCAAGCUCGCCUUGUGACUAAUAUUGCCAGAACCUCAAGUCUUGCGCAGAGACUCAACUUGAACUCUCUGGCAGCUGAAUACUGGGACGAGUUUCUUGUUCGCGGUAUCAAGCUGGAGCCUCUGCCUCCCGAUCGGAUACCAAUUCCACACGCUCACAGCGUCCUGCCUGGGUCGACUGUGGGGCGUACAUCGCAAGACGUUGACCCCUUCAUCUAUAACCCCUUUUUCAAGAAGCCAAGCGAAGUUGUCCAGCAAUUCCUCGUAGCGGGAGAGCUUGCGACUUUCAGAAUCACUCUGCAGAAUCCUUAUGAUAUUGAGGUAGACCUAGAAAGUAUCCGUCUCGAGACUACUGGUGUCGACUUUGAGUCUAUCCCGGAGGCGGCAAGACUGGGCUCUAACAGAACCCAGGUUCUGAGGCUCAGAGGUCGACCUCUACAGGACGGUGAUAUCAAAGUGACGGGAGCUCUUAUCAAGGUGCGAGGUUGUCGAGAGAGGAGAUUUCCCAUUUUCUCGCAACCGUGGCGUCCGGUGCGAGAUAACAAAAUCAAAGUAAAGGGAAUCGCUGCUCUGGAGGGCGGGGAGGAUGUCUGCCUGCGCAAUUCCGCCCCUCCUGUCCCCGAUGACCUGGACCUCACAGCCAUCCCGUCACAGCCCGUCUUGACCGUCAAAUCCAUGACUUUGCCGCAGGCAUCAGUCAUGGUUUUGGAAGGAGAGCGCCGAAUCUUCUCGGUGACUUUGCAAAACGAGUCACCCACCCCGGUGGAUUUCGUGUUGUUUUCAUUCCAGGAUUCCACGCAAGGUCCUCUUCAAAAUGCACUCAAUAAUCGGGAUACAAUGCCCACCGAGAUGUAUGAAUAUGAAUGGAUCUUGAUGAAGAAACAGGCGUUGCGGCUACCAAAGAAGAAUCAGGAGCGUCAAAUUCCAGCAGGUGGCGAAGCAACAUAUGAGUUUGAGAUUCUCGGCAAGCCUGGUUUGACCCAUGCCACAAUUCAGGUGGACUAUACGAAUCUAGGCAAGCCGCAGGAUGAAGUUACGGAGCAGUUUUUCACCAGGCAGGUGAGCGUGGAUCUGACAGUGACCGUGAACGCCAGCAUCGAAAUGUCGCGAUUGGACGUUCUCCCAAUAGAAGGUGAUAUUCCUCAAGCGAUCAAGGAUAGGCACAACGACUCGGAUUCCUUGGAUCUCAAAGACUAUUGCUUGCUAUCUAUGGAUCUACGAAAUGCCUGGCCAAGCCAUAUCAAUGUACAUAUCGAGACUGAAGAUGGCAUGGUGCUUGAUGACAACAUCCUACCUGGUAACAUCAACCGCAUCGUUCUGCCCGUCAAGCGGGUAUAUCUGGAAGACCCCCAUGCUUCUAUUCCCAGCCUUAAUCCCGGGCGGGAUAGACAGUUUGUCGUCAGCAGGAUUGCGCCCGAGAUCGAGCGAAUAAACCGAGAGGCCUUUUGGUAUCGCGAGAAGCUUAUGGAGCGCCUCAAGGGGACAUGGAAGACAACAUCGGGGCAGAAGCGGCACGGAACCCUUGAGCUCCGGACCCUACGGCUGACACCUCGAAUGAUUGAUGUCGUCAGGUUGGAGGACAUUGGAAUCGAUAUCUCGGUGGAAGACGAGGAUGGGGCCAAUGGCGACACCAACGUUGGUUAUGUUGAUGAGUUUAUGCAGGCUAGAGUCAAGCUCACCAACCGAUCGAGCAAGCCAAUCACGUCUGUCAUUAGACUGCUACCAGCACUCUGUCACCGGCCGCUGGGCAUCGCUCUUGAUUUUACCCGGAAGUUUGCCUGGAACGGCUCCCUCCAGCAACUAUUGCCUAGGAUCGAGGCUAACUCGACUAUUGAUUUCGUCAUUGGCGUCACAGCACUGUGCAGGGGCGAGUUUGAGCUCUCAGCGACGGCCGAAGAAGUGGUGGUGCAUCAGGAGGAGGGAGAGAAGGCCUUGCAACGAAAGAAAUCUGAUACCCAAAAGAUGUUGGACGCAGCGCUUGGGGCGAAGGAGCGGCGGGUGUGGCAUUCACGGCAUCCGUAUAUUUUACUGGUGAGGGACAGGGACUGA